UCAUACCACGCCCCCGGCGGGCUCAGGGCGCUCGGGCACGUCAGCAAGGCUACGCUGAAGAACAUCCCGGAGUCUGGCCACAAGUAUUACCUGCAGUUCAGCACUGAGGACUACAGGACUGGGGAAGAUGCUGGGAACUGCCUGGCUACAGUGCUGUAUCCAAAGAAAAAGUCUCCUCCUGUUGUCACCAUCAGGUGCUCCCACACCAAAGACCAGAAAGAAAUCCAGGAAGAGGACAACAGACUUUACCAAAGGAUCAGGCACCAAAGCAAGCCAAUAACUGGAAACAACAUUCCAGACAGCUAUGGCAACAUUGAGCCUGCCCUGGAGCCAGUGUGGGCUCUGGCUGUGGCUGGCAGCAGCUUCAUCAUGUGGGAAAAGUCCACGGAGACCUUGGGAUACUUCCUGGCCCAAGUGAAGUCCGUGAGGCAGUGGAUCAGGAACGAUGAUUUUGUUGAGUUUGACUACACUGUGCUACUGCAUGAAAUCCCAACCCAGGAAAUCAUUUCCUGCCACAUGCGCCUGACGUGGCUCCCUGGGCACCCCCUGAGAGUGAAACAUUUCUGUGCUGCCCAGAGCCACCGUGGGGAUGAGGGAUCUGGGGCAGGAUCUGGAUCAGCUGCUGGGCCUGCAGCUGAAAAAGGAGCAAUUUUUUAAGUGAAAUCCUGUUUUGUGGAUAUGGAUCCAAUCAGCAAAUCCUUGUGCUGCCAGACCUGGAGCUGGGAUCAUCCUUCCAUGCAAGUCAGUGAAUGGGAGUGGUUCCCCUGAUCUGUUCUGUGCCAAAAUUCAUUCCUGUCACUUCUUCAACUGCAAGAUUCAAGUUCUGCAGCUCUGCCUCAACCCUCUGCUACUCCAUAUAUACACAGAUGAACAUACAGCAGUUGAUUUGAUGUCACUGAUUAACUGUUACUUAAGAGUUUGUAAACAAAAUUAAUAUAUUUGGAUAAAAACCGUGAGCAAAGUGUUAAUCUGUCACUAAGAAAGAUCUGCCUGCUAAUUUUUUGUCAUGUUUUGGGCUAGAAUCCUGCUGAUUUUUAACUCACAUCUCCAAUAAACCAAAUGCCAUCA